GAGUCUAUAGCAGAACAUAGGCUUGGAUUCCAGGUUCCCGUUCCUGGUUUUCACCACAGAGAGCCGUUCAGUGCUCGGUGAGUAAUGGAGGGACGGUGGCUUGCUGACAAUGUGUCCUUGAACUUACUACUUGUUUGACGCUGAGGUUCCUCAUCAUUAUGAUGAAGAUGGUAAUAGCACCUGCCUCCAAGAGCUGUUCUGGGAUUUGUACGAGAUCAUCCACACCCAGUGCUUGGAACAGUGCCUGGCACAUAAUAAGUGCUUAAAAACACAGCACACACUGGUAUCCUUAUCAUUAUGAGCAGGACUUAUUGCAAGGACCUUUCAUUUCUCCAUCGUAGGAGUUACUGAGGGCAUAUCUGUCGAUCAGGACUCCAGGCCCAUCCCUGACCUCAGGGACUCACGGUCUGGUUGGAGAGACACAGGUAAACAGGAGAUGUCAGCAUUGUGGGUAAGCUCUCUGAUGGGACAACCAAUGUGAGGACAGCAGGGGUGUAGAUGAGCAGCUGGUUAGAAGUUGCUCGGUCAGAGAAGAAGGGCUUAGCUUCGUGUUCCAGGAAGGAUGAGAAGGAAUUAAGUGAAGAGUGAGCGGAGGGAAUGGACAUAGAUAAGGACCCAGUCAGAAGAGAGAACCUGGUGAGUCCAGAGCUUGGGAAAAGGGGAAACAAGGCUGUGCAUUUGACGGCCGUCGGGUGGAUGAACAGGCCCGGACUCCCACAGUGGAGGAGGGGAGAGAGUGCCUGCCUAGGCCUCACUCCCCUUCCAGUCCUUCCACGGCUGCCCAUGCCUGGGGAGAUCACCUGCAUGGUUGGCCCGCGCGACUUUGGCCAAGUCCCUUCCCAUCUUUAGGCCUCAGUUUCCCCAUCUGCAAAAAGAGCGAGAUGAGCAAAUGUGAUCUCACAGGACCCCUCCCAAUAUAAGCACUUCGCCUCCUUCAGAAGCACGCCAUUCCCUGUGGAAUAUGUUUCUCUCCAGGCACAUGUUCUGCCAGAACCCCUGAGAACAGGCCUUUCCUCAUCCCUGUUCUCUCCGAACCCGGGGUCAACUCCAGCCCAUGUCAUUUUUUGGUCAUAAUUGAGCCCCCACCUUCACUGCUUCCGGCAUUGUGGAAAGCCUUGACCUUGGGCCAAAGUUCAGGAGGUGGGCCCCAUGCCUGGGCAGGAGCCAAGGUGGGAAAGGAGGGGGCGGAGACUGGCUCCCCAAAGAAAAGAGCAGAAAAGGUCAGCAAAGGCUCCCUGGCUAUUGGUCACAUUUCUGUAGCCCAACAAAUGUAGGCUGAAUUGAACUAAAUCCAGAGAGUUGAUUAAACGGAACUGCGGGGAUCUGGGUGUCUCGGCGGGAGUCAUUCCCAGCGAGAGGCGCUGGGCUGGGUGUUUGCUGGGAGAACAUCACCAUCUAGUGGUCACUUCUGUCCUGAGCCCUGAGCCAGCCCUCCCAGGACGUGUUGCCUGGCUGCCUGGCUACCGGGCAAGGGGUUCCCUCAGGCCUCCUUUCUCUCCCACAGGUGAUGGACAGCUCAAUGCCCUUGAUCGGAGAGCACGUGGAAGAGGACAGACAGCUGAUGGCCGACCUCGUUGUCUCCAAAAUGAGCCAACUCCUGAUACCAGGGGGCACAGUGCCCUCGCCCCUGAGGCCUUGGGCUGCACACGCUAAACCAGCAAAAUCCCCGGGGCCAGCCCAGCUGGGGCCUCUGCUUGGACAGCCACAGUCACGGCCACCCACACAAGGGGGCCCUCGCCAAACUCCGACCCAGCCGCCGGCGCGAUCUGGAAGCCCGUCCCAGCAGAGGCUCUCCCCCCAGGGCCAGCAGCCCCUGAGCCCCCCAUCUGGAUCUCCGCAACCGCAGAGAUCACCAGGCUCUCCGCAGCUGUCCCGGGCAUCCAGUGGCAGUUCUCCAAACCAGGCCUCCAAGCCAGGCGCCCCCCUCACCUCCCAGCCCCGGCCCCCCGUUCAAGGCCGGAGCGCCUCCCAACAGGGGGAAGAGUCCAAGAAGCCAGCACCGCCCCACCCUCAUCUCAACAAAUCCCAGUCCCUGACGAACAGCCUCAGCACCUCCGACACCUCCCAGCGCGGGACCCCAAGUGAAGAUGAGGCCAAGGCCGAAACCAUCCGCAACCUGAGGAAGUCCUUUGCCAGCCUGUUUUCCGACUAACCUGGCCGGGGCUGGAGCAGGGGGUGCUCCAUUCCACUCUCCCUUCUCCUGCCUCAUCUUCCUUCUCAGCCUUGGUUCCCGAUGGGAACAGAAUGGAGGGCCUGAGAAUAUACUCUCUAAAUGCCUUUGACCCAGGAACUGAGUAUCUAUCUAUAUGUGCUCCCCCUCCCUUCACCAUGACAUUCCAGCUCAUCCAACUCAGUGGUGGGCCUUUGACAGCCUCCGGGUUCCUCAGUUCAGGCCCUAAAGGCAUCACAUCUCCCUGCCC